GAGGUAGAAAAUGACGUCAUAAUUCAAUCUGAUGGCAGCGAGUGCGGCGUCGUCUUCAGCGACUGCUGUGAGGGCACAGCCACUGGCAAUAGAGAAAGUUCACAUUGAUGGCCUAGUUGUGCUGAAGAUUAUACAGCAUUGUGAGCAGGAGGGCGGUGGUGCAGAGGCGGUGCAAGGCAAUUUGUUGGGUCUUGUGGAUGAAGGGAACAAACGCGUGGAGAUCACGAAUUGUUUUCCCACGCCGCAACGUGGAGAUGAGGAGGAAGAAGAUUCGGGACAACUUCAGGAGUAUCAGAUUGAGAUGAUGCGGCUGAUGCGUGAAGUGAAUAUCGACUACAUGCUGGUUGGAUGGUAUCAGUCUACGUUCGUUAGGUCUAGUCUCAAUAGAACUCUCGUCGAGUCUCAAUUCACGUACCAGAAAGCUAUUGAAGCAUCCAUUGUCUUACUCUAUGAUCCUGUACGAACUAGUCAAGGCUGUCUUUCCCUGAAAGCGUAUCGUCUAUCAGAAGCCGCCAUCGAAAUGUGCAAAGAAAACUGGGAUUAUUCAGUUGACUUACUCAACAAGCUUGACGUCGCUCACGGCGAGAUCCUACAAGAGGUACCAAUAGUAAUCCACAACUCUCAUCUGAUCAACAUUCUAUCGUGUCAACUGGGUGCACAAAAUCCCGAACCAGAGCUAGUGGACUUCCUCAGUUUAGGUACAAGUGUUGAGCUCGAGAAGAACGUUCGCCUAUUGAUGUCGGCCAUCGAUGAUGUGGGAGGAGAUGCCAGCAAGUUUUCCAACUACCAACGACUAGUCGCAAAGCACCAGCAGUUCGUGCAGCAAUCAAUACAGAAAAGACAACAAGAAAACGCGCUGCGUUCUGCUCGAAACGAAGAUCCACUUCCCGAGGAAGAUUUUAGCAAAGUGAAAGUCCCUCAGUGUCCGACUCGUCUAGAGAGCCUGCUGUUAGGCAAACAGAUCGGAGAGUAUUGUGAGGACAUUACACACUUUGCUGGCCAAAGUAUGGCAAAACUGUUCCUCGCGAGAUCUCUGCAAGACCAGUAGAUGCCGUUUUAGCUCAAACUAAGUCAUAUGAAGACAACUAAGCUGUCCCCAGUUAUUACCCCACCCUGGUCUUCUGGGUGAUGACGUCACAGAUUAGUAACCCCCU